AUGGCGCAACCCUUGACUUUGCUGCGCGAUCAAGAAAUCCUGCAGCUGUGCAGCCCAAAGUUAUUUUGGCCGUUUCAACGUGUGGCCUCACUUUUUGCCAUGACGAUUUUGUGGUCCAAAGAGAACACGAAGAGCGACUUGGACGCUGAGAGCACAGAGUUCGAGGCCGGACCAAGCUCAGAGGCAUCAGAAGCCGAGUGGGUCACAUCUCUGUGGCUCGAUGUGAAGCCCGCUGCAGAGAAAACUGACGAGAAGAAACGCCCAGUUCUGGAGCAAGUUACUGCACUCGGCAGCGACAUCUUUAACGAGGACCCGCUGGCCGGAUGUUCCAAGCGAGGGGGCUGGCGCCUGCACAUUGCUGUUGGCCAGCGCAGCGAGCAGACUGAGAUGAUGGGGUUCAUCGUGUUUCGCAUUAAGCCUGAGAGGAACGCCUUAAUCAUUGCACAGUUGGCAGUUCCUGAGGAGCACCGGCGAAUGGGCUUUGGCAGUUUGCUCCUGAAGACUUUGAUCGCAGAGGCAAAGCGCUUGCCUGAGAUUAACAGCAUUGGCUUGUCUUCCUUGCCGGGGUCUAUCAAGUUCUACAAGAGGCAUGGCUUCAAGCUGAUUCACAGGCUUCCGGAUUCCGAAGCGAAGGCGGAAGGUCAAGUCUAUAUGGAGCUGAAGACGCCGACCAAGAAGAAAAAAUGA